AUGGAAGCGACGACCAGCGCAGCUGGUUGCAUGCUUGCGACCAAGCUUGCCUCUAAGCUCGACGACGACAAGAACGCGCUUAUCUCUCCGCUCGGCGUCCAGCUGGCGCUCGCGCUCAUUCUGGCGGGUAGCGCUGCCGGCGAGAAUGCGAACCAACUCCUCAGCGCCAUGGGUUUUAGCUCCGAAUUGGGUCGGGAGCAAGUACUCUCCGCCAUGAAGACUCUGGUCGCUGAUAUCAAACACUCGGAGAAGGCGGCGUUGGUGCUGGAGAACAAGAUGUGGGUUGACACCACGCUGCCCCUCGACCCCGCGUUCACCGCGCGCCUGGGGGGCCUUGCCUCCGAUGCCUGCGCUGUUAACUUUGCCGAGAUUGACCGGGAGCAGGUGGCGCUCAGCGCAUUCCUGACCAAAAUCAACCGCCCACGCGAUCCUCCUCGAGCGUUCACAGACACCAACGGGCUGGCGGUGAUCAACGGCGCUUGGUUCAAGGGCGUGUGGGAGAACGCCUUCCCCAGAGAGAACACUCGGGCCUCGCCCUUCCACCGGCUCGGAGGUGUCGACGACGACAUAUCCAGUGAUGUGCAGAUGAUGCGUCAUGAGUCAAUGUCAAUUGCACACGGAACGUUUGAGCACCACACGAUGGUGAGCCUUCCCCACGAGAACUCCCUUCUGCGCCUGCUCGUCCUGCUGCCCCACGUGAACUCAUCCGAGGCCCUCGCUGCGGUGAGAGCGUCGCUGAUCGGAUUGCCGGAGCAGUACAAGGCGCUGGUCUCGGGUCGUCGCCAGUGGGUGGAGCUGCAACUGCCCAAGUUCCAGGUCUCAGUUGAGCAGGAGCUGUCGCCCGUGCUCAAGUCGAUCGGCGUCGUCGAGCCGUUCGCCCAGGAGAGCGCCGACUUCACCGGGAUCAUAGCCCAAGACGCCUCCGCCGACCCUGAGAGGUCGCUGCUGCACAUGGGCAAGGUGAUACACAAGGCGAUCCUCACCGUCGACGAAGCUGGCAUCAACAACGAUGUUAACGAUGCCUCGGGCGACAGCAAACCGCAAUUCAGCCUGCCUCCGGCCCUGCGCUUCGUGGCGGACAGGCCGUUCGUGUUUGUGCUCUUCCAUGCCCAGUUUCACUGCCCUAUCUUCGUGGGCCAGGUUGUCCAGCCCAUGUAG